AUGAGUAAUAAAACUCUCAGUGUGUUCUUGUCUGCAGCUUGUGUAUCUCAGUCUUUCCAGCUCUUUACUUUAUGCUUUUUCAAAUUAUUUAUUUAUUUUGCUGCUGCUUUUUCAAUUGCCUGUAGGAAGGAGGUUCACCUGAAUUCAGUUCGGUGGAACAAGACUUUGGAGUUUGAGUGCAGGAUCGGUAGAAACCUUUGGACAGGAAAGCUCCAGGACUGUGUGUGCAGAGUGUCAGUGAUGGGUUUUGCUGAUAUCAAUCUGUCAGAGUUCGCUGGGUCAGGUUUUCAGAUUCGCCACUCAAUACUGGAGAUGUACGACAGCAGGGCAAGCAAGCCGGACAACUCCAUACUGAAGGUUGGAAUCCAGAUGCAGCUUCUGGCUGGAGACCCCUGCUUCAGAGUGCCGUCGUCUACGACCAACACAGCCACUCUGCCAGAGGUGAGGCCCUCCGUUUCAAACGCCAACACAGAGCCCCAGGGCACAAGCAGUGACUUUGGGGGAGCCCCCCGUAACAAAGCGCCCCCUUCUGGUAGCGUGACGGACAUGUUCCUCCUCUUGAACACCCACCCAGAGCAUGGAACGCUGCAGACUUAUAUACCGGUGACCAUCUCCAGCUUCUCUCCGUCUCUGACCCUGUGUCCAGGCCCGAGCUCGGAUUCUCUGCUGCACCACUUCGAGGUGUGUGGCUCCCUGUCCCCUGAGACUGUCCCUCAGGACAUAGAGCAGCAGGAGCGCGUGGCCGUGGCAGGUCAGCUGUCUCGGGUGGGGAAGACCAGGCUGGACGCUCGAGAUGUGGUGGAGAAUCUGUGUCUCGAGUACCUGGGCCAGGAGACAGACCUGGUCCCUCCCGCGGAGGGUAAGAACUAGGGGUGUGCUGAUAGUCAUACUCUAACUGCCUUUCAGGCAGGUAUUAAAUAUAUCUAUUCAUUAAUGCAUUGAUUGCAAAACAAGAAACCCUCUCACCUUUACAAUUGGACACCAAUCAAUAGCAAUUAACUUCUGCAUUGCGUGUUUUAAAAGCUGAUUGGAAGAAGAUUUUCCUCAUGCGGGACACAGACAUUUUUACUGCAUUAGCGAGGUGGCACACUGUUUACUGCACCACAGUUGAAAAGUCACCCGGUUUGAAUGAAAUGAGGUUGGCUGUCCAGUCCCUAGGAUUCUCCAGGCAAACUGAAACCAAGACAGCUCAACACUGGAGCAAUAUGACUGCAAACACUAUAAAAAGACAAUUGAAAGAUGGAACAAAUAAACAGAAUGACAUUUGAAGCUGGCUUCUCUUUAAGCAAUGUUAUUCUCUCCAGCCUCAU